AUGUCCGAAGCUCAGGCGGCAGCUGCCGUCGCAACGGCAAUGGCAAACGGCUCGGCGAGUGGCGGCGCGGUCGGGGGCGCAUCUGGCGGCUCGCCGCUGGCAAUUGCUGCUGCUCUGCGUCGAGCGUCGCCGCAACGUGGCUUGUCUGGACCAGGUGACGGGCCUGCGGGCGCCCCGCCACCAGACAUGCCUGAGGCCGAAUCGCUGAUGGUUGUUCGCUUGGCUUGGGAGGUCCUCUUUACCUUUGCGGCUGUAGUGGCCUGCGCGCUGGACGUCGACACUGCGUCGCCGAUGCACACCGUGCUGGCGCUGCGGGCGCUGCCACGGCUACCGCAGGCGGUGGUGGCUGACCUGCUGGACCGCCACCUCGCCCGGGCACUGGCUGCGCUGGUGCAUCCCUCACUGCUCGUCCGCGCCGCCGCAGUGGACAGUCUUGCGGCGGCGGCGCUGGUGACAGUCGAUGCUGAGAUGCAGAGUGAGAUCUGGACGAGCAUCGCCGAGCGGGUUUUUGACACUGACGACAAGGUGGCGGCGCGGGCGUUUGCCGCGCUGGCACAGCUCAUCACCACCGCGCCGAUGUCGAACGCGGCCAGCAAGGUGGCGCUGGUGCUACUGCGACGGUACGAGCUGGCGCUGCAGCGGUUCUCACACCUCAAGUUUGGCCCACGGACGUCGGCGGUUGUCGCACUGGCCUUUGCCGCGCAGCACGCGGCGCGCCUGCUUGCAGCCGACGAGGCGGUGGCUGUCGGGGCAGAACACAUGGACUCUCAGGCGGUGCUAGUUUACGAGCUUGUGGAGACGCACCUUCUGCCGCUGCUCAAGUGCGGCGAUGUGGCACUGGUGUACGAGGUCGGGACGCGGGUGGUGGCCCUCGCCCAGGGUGUGGAGAUGCAGGCGCUGUGGACGCUCCAGGUUGUGCUGGCCUGGCUCGACGUGCUGCUGGUCGGCUCGGCCACGGCGGCAUUUCCGCGCCUCCUCGCCGACAUUGUCUCGCUUGUGCACGUAGUUGACUCGCGGUACUUGCUGCGGGUAAUGAUCAAGAUCCUCAAGGCAGUGCAAGCGCUAGGCUGCGCGGGCGACCGCCUGCGUGCCGCAUCGCUUGUCUUUGCCUCGGUCCUCGAGCAGACGGCAGCGUCCAAGCUCAAGGCCGCAGCCACGCCGGGUGGGACUGGGAGCGGAAGCCACUCCCUCGCCGCGCUGCAAGUGACCCAGCUUCAGGAGUUGUUUGCCGAUCCGUGGCUGGCAUCACUGUGGACCGCCUCGCAGCCGUCGCUCUUUCGUGAGGAGCUUGCCGCCGCGCUUUUGCGCCAGGCCGCUGUUCCGCUCAUCAAGCUCGCGGCGGCGCUUGACGAAAGCAACCACGCGCUGCUUGGCGUGUGGCUGGUUGUUGCAGUCGAGUUGCUACACUCGAACGUGCGGGUGCUGACUUGGGCAACCCAGGCACGGUGGCUGGCGGCCAAGGCAUACCUCGACCUACUCGAAGUAACCUGCCGGGUCCAUGGCCUGCCAGCGAGUGAGAACCGCGGCAAUCCGGCGCACGCUCGGCUCAAGGCUAAGCUCCAGCGGGUGCUCGACGAGGUGCUGGCGCAAGUGGAUGCGCUCCCGCCGCAAGUGCAGUCCUCGGCCCUGGCCACUCUGGCCCAGUUUGUCUCGCUCAACGACUCGCAACUGGACCGAGCCAAGCGACUGGUCAUGGGCAUUGCGUACCGGCUCCACGACGCGCCGCGACUGGCACUGGCGACAGCGCUGGCGGGCGCCGAGGCAAGCGCAGGCAUGCUCGGCGCGAGCGGCGGCAGCCACAGCAGCGAGGGGACGGCUGGUCGGCCACCGCCGUCAUCGAUCCUCCUCGAGGCGCUGCUCAUCCUUGCCGUGCGGCUGCCGUUGGUGACCCCACUCGUCCGCGGUACGCUCGUCUCGCUGCAGCGUGGAUCAAGCAAGCGGCCUGUAGCACGCGAUGUGGCCAAGACGCAUCUGGCCAUGCUCGAUCAUCUGGCUGCCGCGCUGCCUGACAAGAUGCACCCUGUGCACAACCCGGCGGCGGCGUUUCCUGCUACUGGCGGGUCCAGCGGCGGGCACGCGGCCUUUGACGGCAACGUGGCGGUAGCUGUUGGAGCUGCGGGCAGCGACCUAGGCGCGCUGUCCGUGGUCCGGGUCAUCUCUGCGCCCGCAGCACUCGGCCGACCGGGGCGAUCGCGGAUUGUGUUCCGCCUCCGCGGCUCGAACCGGACUCAGCUGCUCAUUUCCCACCUUCAAGUCCGACUUGGCAUCGGAGGGCAGCUUGCGCACGCUGACGUCGGCAACGAGGCGUUCGUGCGGACGUUCGAGGACGUGGCGCCCGGCGCGACGUUUGAGCUCGAGCUCCCGCUGACGGUCACCGGCUUUGCUGGCAACUCGAUUGACGUCCACUUGCAGUUCUUUCCGGAUGCGGUGCGGCCGAGCGAGCGCGGAACGGCGCGGGCGCUGGAACGGACCUCGCUGCAUCACGGGCUGGAGCGGCGGUCGCUCCGGGUUCACUGCACGCCGUACCCUGUCCUCCUCUCGACUUUCCUCUGUCCAGUGGUGGGCGUGGACGGUGGGCGUGGAUGGACGCCGGCGGCGUACCACGAGGUGUGGGCAGGGCUAACAGCAUCGAUGGCGCUCACGGCACGGACAAGUGAGGGCGCGCGGCCCGAAGAUGUGCGCGAGGCGCUGGACACGUCGCGCCUGACGCUGGUCUCGUUUGCGGUGACGCCGACCGAUGGGGCGUUCCAGGCCAUGGCAGUGGCGGCAACGUGGUUUGGCGACGUGCUUGCGCUCGCUGUCCACGCUCUCCCCGAUCGCAGCUGCGGGCGAUACGCGGCACGGGUCGAGUUCCGCGGCUCGUCGGCGCGGGUGCUUGGUGUGGUCGCCGACGACGCCGACGAGUGGAUGGCUACCAUCGGGCUGGAGACAGCGGCAGGCGGUAGACGGCAGGCGGCAGACGGCGUGUUUUCGUCGGUCGAGCCUUCUUGCCGCCGUGGGUGGCGGCGAGCUAGCAGCGGCGGCGAGGCUGGCGCGAGGUUUGACGACGCCGCCGUUGCGCUGUGGGAGGCUGCAAGAGCGCAGGGCAAGGCGUAAUACCGAGCGCCAAAAGGCCGGUCGCCUUGCUCAGCUGGGCGGAGAAGGGAAAGAUAGAGCGCAUGUUCAUUCGAAUGGCAGCA